AUGACAGCUGGAGAAGCCAUUGCCUUGCUGUAUGAGCUGGCACGGGAAUUUGAUGAGGACUUUGAACACGAGGAUGAAGUCGCAUUGUUUGAACUAUUGAAACAGUUGGCAACAGACUCUGUAAAACACAGAGCCAAGAAAGAUCGCCGUCAGCAGCGGUCAUGCUUUAGGGAUGUUCAAGGUUAUGUUGUGGAAAAAGAAAGUCCGAGUGAGGCAGUAAAACUGGGAAAGGAAAAUCUGCUAGAACUAAAUAGCUGGACACAGAAGCGACAGUAUGAUACCCUGUGUCAUGUUCUGAUGACUGGCAUGUUGGUCCAUAUGAAGGCUAAUCCAAUCUUGCGAGAGAUUUUUGACUUGGGUGCUCCAGGCCUGGAUGAUUACAGUCACACCAGAUCCCUUUCAAAAGCUCAGAGGACAUUUAUCAAUGCAGCAGCCUUUAAAGCCAGGACAAAAGCUCGUGCCAAGCACCGGGAUAAAAGAGCUGUCACAGUCAGCAGUUACUAA